AUGAAAAUCGAAGAAAUCCUUUCCACCUCCACUUUUGCCUGGUCCCAUGAUUGUUUACCCAUCUUGGCUACCGGUACCGUGGCAGGUGCGGUGGACAUAGACUUUAAUUCCUCCUCCACCCUUGAAUUAUAUGAUAUUUUCUCCCCCACCAACCCAUCAGCCCCAGUAUUUUCUGCUGUGGUUGACCAUAGAUUUCAUGCUUUAGCGUGGUCUCAACCUUUUGAUUCCUAUAAUCGUGGUAUUUUGGCCGGAGCUUUUGAAAAUGGUACCAUUGAAAUUUGGAACGUAGAAACAUUGAUUUCUACCAAAGAUUUAGCCAAAGCUUCAAUUUUUACUUCCACCAAACAUUCAGCAGCAGUUAAAUCAUUAGCUUUCAACCCCAAGCAACCUCAUAUCCUUGUUUCUGGAGGUUCAAAAGGUGAAAUCUUUAUUUGGGAUACUAAGACAUUUGAUUGUUCUGUUCCUGGUCAAGCUAUGACACCAAUGGAUGAAAUUACUAGCGUGGCUUGGAAUAAUGCUGUUGGACAUAUUAUGGCCAGUACUAGUGGAGGCUAUACUUCCAUUUGGGACUUAAAAUCUAAACGUGAAGUAUUACAUUUAUCUUAUAAUGGAGAUUUAGGUAGAGCCAACUUUUCCUUUGUUGCAUGGCACCCAACUCAAUCAACUAAAUUAAUUACUGCUAGUGAUAACGAUGGAUGUCCAUUGAUUCUUACGUGGGAUUUAAGGAAUGCCAAUGCCCCAGAGAAGAUCAUGAAAGGUCAUAAGAAGGGAGUUUUAUCAUUAGAUUGGUGUAAACAAGAUCCUGAGUUAUUGAUUUCUAGUGGUAAAGAUAAUAGUACUUUAUUAUGGAAUCCUAUUGAAGGUGUUAAGUUAGGAGAAUAUCCUACUACUGCUAAUUGGGCAUUUUUAACCAAAUUUGCUCCUUCAGCUCCAGAUAUUUUCGCUACCGCUUCAUUUGAUGGGAAAAUCAUCGUUCAAUCUUUACAAGAUACUUCCCCUCCAGUUACUACCAAAGUUACUACCAAUGAUGAUGAUUUUUGGAAUGAAAUUUCAACCACUGAUACUCAACAACCGAUUUUUGAUGUUAAACAACCUCCUUUAUGGUUAAAACGUCCUAGUAAUGUAUCCUUUGGCUUUGGGAAAUUAGUUACCGUAGUGACAAAAGAUGGGAAAUCAUCCGUUGAAGUUAAAAAAAUCGUUGGUGGAGCUGAAGGAACGGAAAAAAUCGCCGAAGCUUUGAAAAAAGGACAAUUUAAUCAAAUCAUUGAUGAUAAUUUAAACCAUUCUAUUAAUGAUACCGAUAAAGCCGAUUGGGAAAUGUUAAAGAAAUUAUCUGAUGGGGGUAAGAAGGAUAUCUUCAAGGAAGUUACUGAAGUUAAGGAACCAGAAACCGUGGUUGAAGAUGUGGUUAAAGAUGAUGGAGAUUUCUUUGAUAAUCUCACCACUCCUUCAGCUUUUGUCCCUUCAGGAGAUUUUGAACUUUUCCCUUCAUCAGGUGACACAAAACUCACUAAACUUAUUCUUACCAAUAAGCUUGAACAAGCUGUUAAUCAAUGUCUUGCUACUAAUAAUCUCACUGAAGCUUUAAUUCUUGCCUUAGAUGCUUCAGAUGAUGUUAAAACCAAAGUUAAGAAUGCUUAUUUCUCCAAAGAAUCAUCACAAUUAUCAAGAGUUCUUUAUAGUGCUUCCAUUAAGGAUUCUACUGAUAUCCUUAGUCAUGCUGAUGUUAAAGAUUGGAAGUUUAUUGCUACAGCCAUUGAAUCUUUUGCUAAGGAUGAUACUGAUUUCAAUGAUAAAGUCAAUGAAUUGGGUGAUAGAGUAUUAAAAUCUGGUUCUAGAGAUGAUGCUAUUGCUUGUUAUUUAGCUGGUGGAGCUAUGGAUAAAAUCUCCAGUAUUUGGUUGAAAGAAUUACCUGAUUUGGAAGCCAAAUUAUUACAAAACCCCGGCACUUCGGUUAAAUCUCCUUCCGAUGCCCGAUUCGAAGCUUUAAAUAACUUUGCUACUAAAUUGGUAGCUUAUAGAACGUUAACUCAUUCAUCGGGUGCUUUAUCGGGUCCUUCAGUUGAACCUGUUUGUAAAGUUAUCCUUGAAUAUGUCACGUUACUUUCAAGUUUCGGACAAUUUGAAUUGGCAGAAAAAUUCUUAGGGUUCUUACCAUCAGAUUAUGGGUCUGGUGGUGAAAGAGAACGUAUUUCCAAGGCUUUGGCUCCAGUUACUCCGGUUACUAAGAGCUCAAAUCAAGUUAGACCUAUACCUGGUGCCAAUGGUUCAAGUAGACCAACUGGUACAAGUUUUAGACCUAAUGUUGCUGUCAAUAGACCAACACCAGGUGCUUCUUUUAAAUCUGGUCCUCCAUCAAUCUCAGGUCCUUCAAUCUCAGGUCCUUCGAUCCCAGCUACUUCAAUCCCAGGGCCUUCAAUUCCAGGACAAGGAAUCCAACCUCCAGGAAUCUCACCCGUACCAACUCCAUCAGGUAAUGUUGCAUCCAACCCUUACAUGAAACCUUCCACUUCCAACCCUUACAUGAAACCCUCCAACCCAUCUAAUCCAUAUACUCCAUCCAAUCCUUAUAUGAAACAAACCUCGGCUCCUGUAGCUACCCCUCCACCAGUUUCAAAACCUUACAAGCAAGAAACUGAUGGUUGGAAUGAUUUACCCGAUACUUUUAAACCAAAAGCUGCUCCUCGUCGUGCUGCUGCUGCGUCUACUGUGUCACCAUCUCAUACUCCAGGUCCUUCAAGACCUUCAUUGGUUUCCCCACCUUCUUCGGUUUCAAUUCCUUCAGGUCCUCCUAAAGGUCCUUCCAGAGCCCCAUCUCUGGCUAAUUUAGUAUCACCACGUCCACCUAAUGCUCAAGUAUCUAAUCCUUAUGCUCCACAAACAUCUGGUACUCCAGGUACUCCAGGGAAUCCAUAUGCUCCAAAGAGUUCGGUUGUAUCACCAAGACCUGGUCAAGCUUUUGUAGCUCCUCCUACAAAUGCUUUUACUCCUACUAGUUCUUUUGGAGCCCCAACACCACCAGCUAAUCCUUAUGCUGCUCCUCCAGCUAAUCCAUAUGCUGCUCCAACUCCUCCAGCAAACCCUUAUGCUGCUCCACCAGCUGCCAACCCUUAUGCUCCAAGUAAUGGUCAUACAAGAGUUCCAAGUGGAGGUAUUGUUCCCCCACCAAAGAGUGUUACUGGGCCACCACCUAGAUCUACUUCUGUAGGUUCAACCGUUGGUCCUCCACCUCUUGGCCCAUCUGUUGGUCCACCACCAAUGGGACCAGGUAAAUCAGGUCCUCCUUCCAAUACGGUUGCCCCUCCAACCACCACUUCUUCCAACGGAGCCUCCCAACCUCAAUCAUAUCCAUCAGGUGAUAGAUCUCAUAUUUCACCAGAAGCCCUUCCUAUCUACGAAAUCUUCAAUGCCAGAGUAGAAUUCCUUAAGCCAAGAAUCCCCGACGAUUACAAGAAACAUGGUGAUGAUAUGGAAAGAAGAUUAAACAUGCUUUAUGACCAUUUGAAUAAUGGUGACUUGUUAUCAUCAGAAGCGGUGGCAUAUUUGAAGGAAGUCGCUGAGACUUUAGACAGAAAAGAUUAUGAAUCGGCCAAGACAUCCAUCAUUGGGUUUGCUUCCACCUUCCCUGAAGAAGUGGGUAACUGGCACACCGGUGUUAAACGUCUUGUGCAAAUGGACGAAGCUCUUUCAGAGUAA